AUGGAUAAUUCAGAAAUAAAUAUAGAUACUGAUCAUGAUACUGUUUCAGUGGAUUUGGAUUCUAUUAAAGAAUACCAUAAAAAAACCGAUCAUCACUCUUUAACAAAAGCAUUGAAAACUGUUGUUUCCUCCACGACUGAUAAAGAUAAAGAUGUUAACGCUAGCAUUUUCGCGCCUUCAAAUUCGACUCCGCCAAGUAAACAUUGGAUGCAUCCCUCCCUUAAUCCACUAUACCGACUAGUACCACCUUUGAAAGUCUGGGCCACUAAGAGGCAUUUUGGAAAUUAUGUGAUUGUUCGUGAAACGGGUGAAAAGACAUGGGAGGAAAUGCCAGUAUAUACUAGGAUUGGAAUGCAUUUACUAUUUUUCGGAAGAUUGGAAGAAAAAUUCGUUGAAUUGUCAGCCAUUAAAUCUCUUUUCACGGUUGAAUCAGUGCGUCAAGGAAGAUAUUUUGAUUCACCACAUUCUGCUAAAAAUAUCCAUAGUUUUAUUAAACACUAUAAGAUUAAUACCGAUGAGUUAUUAGAACCGGACAUAAAAAAAUACAAAUGUUUCAAUGAAUUCUUUUACAGAAAAUUGAAGCCUGACGCUAGAAUUAUUUCUGACCCUAAUGAUGAUAAUGUUAUUGUUUCAGCUGCGGAUUCAAGGCUUAACGUUUUUCAAGAUAUUGAUCUUGCGAAAAAAUAUUGGGUCAAGGGAAAAAAGUUUACAAUUGCUGAACUCAUUCAAGAUGAAGAGAUGGCUAAGGAAUUCGAUGGAGGUUCCAUUGCAAUAUUUCGCUUGGCACCUCAAGAUUAUCAUCGAUUUCAUUCCCCGGUAAAUAGUGUGGUUGGAUCAUCGAAAUAUAUUAAUGGCACUUAUUUCACAGUGAACCCUAUGGCUAUCAAUGAAGAACUUGAUGUAUUUACAGAGAAUGUUCGAUCCGUAAUUCAACUUCAUCCGUCCACGCCAGGUGCAUCCAAAGUGCUGUUCGUUGCCAUUGGUGCCCUGUUGGUCGGUUCAAUCAAAUUCACGGUAAAAGAGAAAGAUAAAGUUAAUAAAGGUGAUGAAUUAGGACAUUUCGCAUAUGGUGGGAGUACCAUAAUAUGCUUAUGGCCAAAGGGAGUGAUUAAAUUUGACGAUGAUUUAGUGUCUAAUUCUAAGACAAGUAUUGAAACAUUGGUGAAAGUUGGAAUGAGAAUUGGUAUUCGAACUUCAAAGGCUUAA